GCCCCAGCAGCUAUAGCAACAAGCCGGAGCUGCCGGCUGCAGUGCUGCUCGGCUGAGCCAUGGAGGUCGGGGCAGCAGGGGACCCCAAGGGGGUCUGGGGGGACCCGGCGGCUGGGACCUACAUCAUCCCGCAGGGGCUCCCACCUGUGCCAUGUCCCCAUGGCACCGUGCCGGUGUCCCAGCAGCCGGUGGUGAUCCUCCAGCAGCUUCCUGGGACCCUAGCCCAGCCCACCAGAGCCCCACACCUGCGGGAAGAUUUAAUCGAGUUGAUGAUGAUUCAAAACUCCCAAAUGUACCAGGUGGUGAUGAACAGUCUGGCCGUGUCGGCAUUGACGUCCUUCGGGUUCGGACCAUCUCCAGCUGCUGCCCAGCCACUCAUGGUGCCUUUGCAGACCGGAGAGGAAGAGGAGGCCAUGGUUUUCCACCACCACUACGUCCCCUACGCCAGUCCCACUCCCAUCCUGGCAUGGCCAGUCCCGGCUGGGGCUGGGGGACCGGUGGUCAUGCGCUACCAGGACAUGGCAGCAGAGGACGGGGAGCCCGCAGUGCCACCUCCUCCACCCCCCAGCGCCACAGGGACCGUAGGAGCCAAUGUCCCACCAUCAUCAGAGUACUACGACAUGCUGGAGCAGCAGCAGUGAGCUCCCUGCACCCUGAGGUGGCUUCUCCUGCACUUCCCUGGCCUCCACCCCAGAAGAUCUUGUGUGUGCCAAGAGUGGGUGCCCUAUGGUACUGACAGUUUUGGGGUGGCCCACGGGGAAGAGGACAACGUGCCCAGCAAAAUGCAUCAAAAUAGUGCAUUUUGCUGGGCAUGUUGUCCUCCUCUCCACCCCAAGGGACUGGGUGUCACGAAGCCCAUCACCAAACCCAGGUGACUGCACAAGAGGGACAAGCUCCAGUUCAGUGGUGACAUCCCAGUCCCAGCUGGAGAAUGUGUCCUUGCCAAGCCACGAGGGCCCUGCGGUGCUCAGCACCAUGCUGUGUCCCCAUGGGACAUGCUGGCACCCGUGGGGUGGGGUUGUGCCAGCCCAGGUGUCCCUUCAGCUCCCAAUGCAGCACAUUGCCUGUAAUUAAUUUGCUUUGUUAAGAAAGCGCCCUGCUGUCACUAAUUAAGCAUCUGUAAUUACCCAGGCUUCUGGCUCUGUUCCUGAGCAUAGGGCUUCCUCCAAGCAGCAGGGGUGAGGGGGGGCUGUGAGCCUCUUGCACCCAAAGGAGGGGGAAUACCAGUGCCUGAUGCUCUUGGCUGAGCAUAGCAUGGGCAGGGCUGGAUAUGGCCAAGUGCUGUUCCCACAAUGGGAACACACAGUUCCACAGCUCCCACACUGUUCCACACAGUGCUGGCCCAGUGCUCAUCCCAGUAAGGGAUCCAUCCUGUAGAGGGCUCCUGGUUGAGUGAGUGUGGGGUUCCCCAGGGCUUGGUUUCCCCUGUUUGGGUAAAAAGGUGGGGAGAGUGCGUGCAGGUGUAUUAUGGGUGCUGGGAGCUGGUCCCUGCCUCUGCCACCUCCCCAUCCCUGCUGCAGGGUUCACAGCUCUGCUCUGAUGCCACCAGGGUGGGUGGGCUGGUGGGGCUAUGGGGUUCUGAUGAGGGCUGUGGAGUUCCAUGCAGCCAGCAGCAUUACAGCCUGGUUAUCAGGAGGCUCUGCUUUAGGAGCUCCUAGUAGGAGACUCUAGGGCUGGGGGUUAUGUGGAGCUGAGAGCAUGCAGAAAGACGGUGUCCAGGCAGUUGACCCUGAAAUCCCCUCCUUCUGCCCCUACUGGGCAAUGAGGACCACCCUGUCUCUAUUUUGGGGUCCCUAUGGAAGGGAGGGCUCAUGCUCCCGCUGCCUAGGACCGAGCCAUGCUCUGCCACAGACGGAUCUUCCUCUGCAGCAAGGCUCAGCCUGGCUCCUGCUGAAGCUGUGGGAGAUGCUAGCAGGGUUGGCCCCAGUGUGGAGUGAAGGAGCCGCGUUGGGUUGGGCAUGAAGGCACAUCUCCCUUGGGUGGGAGUACCCUGAGAUACUAUAAGACCGACUGGGUAGAGCAGGAGAGGAGACCAUCCUGGGGCACUUCUAGCUGGCAGCACAGGGAGCAUGGCACGGCCAGGAGCAGGAAGGCAUCUGCUUGUUCCCAUGCUACCGGAGGUGGGGAGAGGGUGUGGGUGGAAGCAGCUGCUGUGGGAGCAGAGCAAGGUGAUUUUGUUGAAGGUAUGUCAUGUCAGAGAAGGUUUGGGGCCACUGGGUGUGACCCAGGAGAUGCGAUGCUGGGGUUGUUACGGGAAGGCACGAGCAGAGCCCUCUGACCCAAGGACUGGAGGAACCAAGGGGUCUGGGCAGUAGCGCACGGAUGGAGUGGUGGGGCUGUGAGCCCCCAGAUAAGAGAUGCUGGUGGCUGAGCUGGCUGACACCAAGCCAGAAUCAUCUCUGUGAUGUCAGAACACUGCUUUUGAAAAGCAAGACCAGAGUUUCCAGACUUCCACAGCCCAAGAAUGGGCUUGAAUCUUGCGUGCCUGGUGUGACAGCAAGUGAGCAGGAGGAGAGGCUAAUUACACUCCUGUGCACGCUGACUGCACUGCCGUAAACACCUAAUGCGAUGCAGCCCCUGGCUGCCAGCUGGGGUGGGGGCUGGCCAGCCUGUGUGGGGAGCAGCCAGGUAUGCCCCAGUGGCCUGAUAAUCUGCAGUGUGAGUCCUGAUGGUUCUGGGGAACUACGGCCAGCCUCGCUGGGGUGGUGGGUAUGGACUGGAGCUGCUCCUGUUAUCAGGAGGAUUUCAGGGGUCGCUGUGACCCCAAGAGGUGCCCGCAGCGUGAGUACUUUAAUAAGCAGCUGAGCUGAUUGCAUCAAGUCGGAAGCAUUGCAAUAGGCACAUCCCAGCUGUGACUCCGUGGGUGA